UGGAUCAGCCUCAAUGACCGGAAGGAGGAAAAUACUUUCGUCUGGGCUGACGGGUCGGAUUACAACUACGCCAGCUGGAAUGACGAAAAUCCCAGCAACUUUCAAGACGCUGAGCACUGCGUGGAGAGUCGAAAGUCCUAUGGCUACUUGUGGAACGACAACAGCUGUAACAAUACCAUGAAGUUCCUGUGCAGCAAGCCACCUGAGUUAGUCAUCACAGCACACAAGACGGCCACCACCACCAACACCACCACACCCGCCCCCGUGUGUGAGGAAGGCUGGGAGAUGUUUGAGGACACUAUGUGCUACAAGGUGAGCGACGGACUGGCUUCGUGGCCAAGAGCCCGCGAAGCCUGUCUUGCCCAGUACGCCCAGCUGGCCGCCGUCACCUCUAAGGGACAACAGAACUUCCUGGCUGCACGCCUCACCGCCAACACCUGGAUCGGCCUGAAUGACGAGGUGGAGGAGGGAACCUUCACCUGGCCGGACGGCACGGAGCCCGGAUACACCAACUGGGAGGAAGGUGAGCCCAACAACUCCUACGCCUACCUGACUCUUGGUGUGGGCGAGGACUGCGUCGAGGUGAGGCCUGAGGAUGGCUACAUGUGGAAUGACGAGCUGUGCACCAUGGAGAGACUGUUCGUGUGCCAAAAGCCCCCCCAGUAAGACCCGGCUGUGUCCUUCCCUUGGAGGAAUAAUACAACACUGUAUUAUUCCUCCAAGGUCCUUCCCACGAGCCUGCCAGCCUGCCAGUCGCACUGGAGCCACACCACCAAUCGUGUAUGAUUGUAAUGGGGCUAUAAAAAUAGUCACCAGCAGCCUUUAUUUGGGUAGAUCUUAAGAAUAGCGGCUCCUCUAGCGGUGCGCAUUUAGGGCACGGUGUGGUGGACAUUUCUAGCACGUGCGACGGGGUUUUGACAAGCGGACAGGCGUAUUUAAGUCACAAGGGGUGUAUUUUUCCACGCUGGCCUCACGAUUUCUUCUAAGUCGAUGGGCGAUGAGACUGCGAGUUCCGGGGUGAAGAAAGGGAAGAGCCCGCGCGGAAAAAUACACCCUUGUGACAUAAACACGCCUGUCCGCUCGUCAAGACCCCGUCGUACGUGCUAAAAAUGUUGUACAUAAUUACCACCACAUCGUGCCCUAAAUGCGCACCCGCUAGGAGCCGCUAUUCUUAAUAUUUACCUAUAUAUGAUUACUUCUCUAAAAUCUAUUUUAUUGAUUAAUCAACACUAAUGGAUUGCUCAGGUUUUCAUUGUGAUACUGUCAAUGAUUACUACCAUAUAUUACUGCAGGUAAGCUGUACCAAGUACUUUCAUUUGUAGCCUAUGUUCAGUUAACUGUUGCUAACAAUAAAGGGAUUUUUUUUUUUUUUUUUUUUUUUGUGGUGUUGAGUUGCUGGUGGAAAGGAUCUCCCUUAGCAACCCAUGCUAUAUAUAGCUGAUACAAUUUGGUAACUAUUCAAUCCUUAUGUCUGUGUUACCAAAGCAAAGAUAGCAUCGCUGUGUUCCUCGAUAGUUCUGUUGUAGUGUGGCGACUAGGCCUGAUAAGGGAGCCUCCCAUAAGCGGCCAUAACCCACUUGACGAGCGGGGUACCUCUUUGGCCGACUCGACAAGGAGUGGCUCUCCCGUCACGCUGGUCGCGGGUUCAAUCCCAGGCAGCUGGCGAAUACCCUCUCCUUGUCUUGAUUAAUUUCUCGUGUGUUUCGAUACACGCAGAGGACGUGUGGGGAUUACUGAGUAGUAGAAAAGUAGAAAAUCAAAUCUUGAGGCAUGACAC